AUGGAUCGCCAGAGCGCGAUAUCGAUACAGAGCAAUGGUGCCAACGCCGGUGCUGCCGUGCAAGAGUGGCUUUACCCUGGCGGCUGGCAGCCGGAGCCGGUCGUCGUCGACGGCACGUUCCACAUGGAGCUGCUGGAGGACGCGCCGGUGGCGGACCAGCCGCCGGAGGACGUCGACCGGCUGAGCCACGUCAUCCGGUCCCUGGAGGCUGAGAUCGCCGGAGGAGGUUGGCCGCCGGCGUCGUACGUGGCAGACGGUGGGGGCACGGCGGAUCACGUGCCGGGAGAAGUCUCUAGCGGCGGGCUCGAGGAGUACCUGCUGCUGCCGGACCUUGAUGGCAUCCCCGGCCCGUGCGUGGCCGAAGCGCCGUUGGAAUUCUGGACGGAGGUGCCGCCGGCGGUGGUGGGGCAUGAUAUGGGCGGCUGGCACGUCGACAGCGACGGCGACGGCGUCAUGGUCGGGUACGAGUUCAGAGAGCAGUGCUAUUACGGCUACAGCGAGAGCCCACACGUUGAGCAAGUGUACAGCCCCUUGUGGGAAUGA